GACAGAGAUCUUUUUAUGUUCGGUUUUGUUUUCCUCUUUCCUCUUUCCUCUUGAAGAAGAACCCUAAAACCCAUCCCCCGCGCAUCCCCGAUCUGAUAGAGAGAAGAAUCGAUAAUCGAAGAAUAUUAUAUUUGUUUAAUCCAAUUUCAUCUGGUGUAGCUUCUUCGCUCAAACCUACGUGAACAACGAUACGAUGGCUACGCCAAUGGUUGCAGGUGCUGCAGUAGCUGCUGCUGCUAUAGCUGGUAGAUACGGUAUACUCGCUUGGCAAGCUUUCAAGGCCAGGCCCAUCGUUCCUAGAAUGCGCAGGUUCUAUGAAGGUGGUUUCCAAGCUGCCAUGACACGGCGCGAAGCUGCUCUCAUUCUUGGUGUUAGGGAGAGGGUAGUGGCGGAGAAGGUGAAAGAAGCUCACAGGAGAGUGAUGGUAGCAAACCACCCUGACGCUGGAGGUAGUCACUAUCUUGCUUCUAAGAUCAAUGAAGCCAAAGAUAUCAUGCUUGGCAAAUCCAAUAACUCUGGCUCUGCUUUUUGAUUCUCUCUCUCUCAUUUUUGAGUGUUUAAUACAAAUCAUCCCCCCCCCCCCCAACAAGCAAAACUCUUUCUUGUCUCUUCAUUUUGAAUGUGCUACCAAUUUCUUGUUGUAUAUCAUUAUUAUCUUCCCAAAGAAGAAGGUGAUCAAUAUUUGUUAUAUGAUACAAACACCUUAGCCUGUGUAAUCAGACACAUGUACUGAAUAAAAAAAAGAAAUUGAUUAA